AUGGCGACGAGUUUUCACAGGGGAUCUGUCGGCUCAGCCUACCACAGUUCCUCCAACUCGCCAGAGUCUUUCGUUCACACUAGCUGGUUGCCGAACACUCUGAACCCGGACGUGGUCACGGUGUUGUUAUUUGACGAUGCCACAAAUCCCGCCGCCUCAAAUGCGCCAGGUGAAGAAAGUCGUGGCCGGGAAGCUCUUCCGUGCUGGCACCCUCGGCGUCAGCCUGGACUGGACUGGUACUUGAUUAGGGCUGGAGGUAUGAAUACAGUCAGUUCUACCGCCAUGGACUCGUCAGACUGUGGUAGUCGCAUGGCGAGCUCAGACGGUCAUUCGAAUUGUGAGGAGCCGUCGGCGUCUUAUACGAGCAAGAGUGAUCAGGCCGAGACCAAAGACUCUGUCGAAGAUGCUUUUGCCCAAAGAUACCAUUGGAGGAAAUUCAAGAUAUAUAUUCCCAACCAUCAGCCACCUCACAACACGAUCGCAUUGUUCUCACGCCCACCAGCCGUCUCAAACUCCUCUCUUCCUUCCCGGCCCACAUCAAUAUCUCGAAUCCCAUUGUUCCAAAACUUUUCCCUCGCCAGUCGCAUUAGCUCUCCAGCUGUCGUGUCGGGGCCGCACUUGACAUCAACGGAAUGCUUAGGGAUCAGGCCCAAGAAAGGCAGCCUCGCAACAGUGACCCACAUCUUCUGCCAACUCUCGGCCUCCUUCGGCGCAAGGCGCUUUUCUGUGAUCUUGAUUGCAAAGGCGGCUCCAGAGCUAGGUCGGAAAGGACUCGUAUGGCAAAAGCAAGGGCGCGACGAAGGGUUCGCCGCUGUACAGUCUCUUGCUCGGAUCUGGAAGAAAGCACAGGUUUCUUUGCAGCUUGACAGAGCUCUUGACAGCGCCUUCUGCAAGCAGGAUCAUCUCGAGCAGUUCUGCCGUGUUGAUGACUUUGUGACAGUAUUGGUAGCUCUUGGUAAGUGCAUGCUGGUCUUGACGAUUGGCGGAGGCAAGGCAUUGGACCAGAUUGAUUUUUCGACUUACGAUCGAACGUGGACGCUGCUUGAUCGGCUUGUUUCUUUGAACAGCCAUGCUUGGCUCCUUCAAUUUGCACGCAAGACUAUUUCAGCGCAGGUCGUAGCAGUCAAUCAAGAAGUGAGCAGGCACUGCACGUGCUCAAAUACCUUGCUCACUUCACUUACUCACAUGCUUCUAGGCCGAAUCCAUUAUCACAUGCCACAAGGACAAAGUCUUUGCGUCGACUGGCCAAUUGCGAGCUUCACUGCAGCCAUUGGUAAGCACAUCACCUGGUUUUGUUUCUUGGGCAAGAUGAAUGCCUGA